GUAGAAGUGUACUAUUGAAUUUCAAGUAGAACAUUUUGAAAGAAAUUCUGGAAAUUUUAUCAGAUUUUCCCAUUACAAGAAGACUAUGGUCAAUCAAAAAUUGUCAUUUAGUGUUAAUUGUUCACCUUUAAAUAGACCGAUUUUCAUAAGAAAAAAAAUAGAGGCUCAGAAAACUUGACCCCAGUUCAGCUAGAAAUGGGAAAAAGCUAUUGCAGUUUAUCCAAUACACAUAAUUUACUCGAACCGUAUUGGUGGCGUUUUGGAGAAAAUGUUAAUGCACCAAAACGCCAAAACAUUUGCAUAAUUUCGCGCUAUUGUACUUGCGCAUUUGUUAAUUCACUGUUGGUUUCAAAUAUUAUCUUCGUCGAAGGAAUAUAAAAUAAUUCACCUAUUUUAUAUUUACACUAUAAUUUCAUAGAAAUAUGGCGAAACCGAAUAUGGAGUUUUCAAUAACAUUCACUUUUCUCUCGUUAAUGAUCUUGAUGAAGUCAUUUGAAAUCGAUGGAACAAAUCAUUUUAUUUGCAAAACAAUUGAGGGGGCGUACAUACCGGAAAGUCAAGUGGGUAGUACCGAUAUUUUAAGUGAUUCUACCAUACAGCACAUUCAAGGGAGGCCAGGAAAGAGAGGAAUACAAGGAAUGAAAGGAGAGAUAGGACCGCCGGGAGAUGUGAAUUAUGAAGCUAUCGACUUGAAAUUGGAAAACAAAGUUAUUCAGAUGCAAGAAUCAAUGACAGAAUACGGCUCAACAAUUACGGAAUUACAAGAAGAAGUUAGAAAUCUGAAACAUCGACAAGAUUUGUGCAAGGUGUUCUAUGGUGGAAAAUGUUUCUGGAUUGCUCAUCCUAAUUCGGGGACUGUCAUGUAUUCUCAAAUUGACGAACUUUGUGCUCAAGAAGGUGGAUCGCCGGCAAAUAUCUAUGGAAGAAAUCAUUUUGAAGAAAUAGAUGCAUAUUUGGAUUCGAUCGCCCAGCAUGAAACGUUUUUCACUGGAAUGACCAUUGAUAAAUCGAACAAAAUCAUUACCAUGAAUAACGGGAUGAAAGUGAGAUGGAAUAUUGAAGAUAUGAAAUGGUUUCCUGGGCACCCGUCUGGCAACGCCGACUGGACACUAAUUGGCAUACACUCUGACCGCGAUCCAGAAAAAUCACAAGGAAUGCACAACUGGCCUAAAAGUGCUCCAAGGCAUGGAGUCAUUUGUGAAAAGUAACCAUGAAACUCGGAGUUCUCUGAUAAGCGAUAACAAUAAAAUUUAUUCUAAUCAGAAACCGAGAACAUCACCACCAAUCAGGGAUCGUGCAUCAAAUAACUGGAAAAAUUAUCUAUCACAUUAAUGCGUUGUCAUAUGCAUUUUAUUUCUAGGACAGUCGGAACGCCCCUUAAAAAUUAAAUUCACUGUUUGAGCACAGUUUUAAUCCUUAAAAUUUAUGAUUUUUAGUCUCCAAGAAGACAGUGUUUAAAUAUUUGGACAGAAAGGCCAAAAAAAAACGAACGUGCCUUAAAUAAUCCAAUAUUACGAUCUUCUAACAUCAAUUCAUUAGCAUGCAUCCAGUAUUGUAAUAUCCGGUAUAAAAAAGAAAAAGGCCGAAUAUUAUCUUUAUCGUUCAGCAAGUUUGGAAAUCACAAACAACAAUAGCAAACACGGUUGUUAAAUCGUAUUUUGGGAUGUAUAUGGUGCUUGUUUUAUGAUCAGGUCAUGUUGACAUCACAGCGAUUGUGCCAUAUAUAUGAAAAUAUAUCAUUUUUUAUAGAAAUGCA